GAUUAACUGAAAAAACGUCAAGACGUCAAAAUCAACAUCAGAUGUCGGAUUGAUCAGACACAAAUCUGUGAACGUGAGAAAGGUUAAUUUCAGCAAAUUCCAACUACUUUUUAUUUUUUUUAGGAUUUGAAAAAAGCACAAUGGGAGAACGGAAGGGAACAAAUUUGUACUAUCCACCGGACUAUGAUCCUCGUGCCGGUGGUCUCAAUAAGUUCCUGGGCACUCACGCAUUGCGUGAACGAGCCCGUAAGCUCCACAUGGGUAUUUUGAUCAUACGGUUUGAGAUGCCCUAUAAUAUAUGGUGUGAUGGAUGCGGAAAUCACAUUGGCAUGGGUGUUCGGUAUAAUGCAGAGAAGAAGAAGAUUGGAAUGUACUACAGUACGCCACUUUAUCAGUUUCGCAUGAAGUGUCAUCUCUGUGACAACCACUUUGAAAUUAAAACUGAUCCUGCUAAUUUGGACUAUGUCAUAGUGAGUGGUGCAAGACGUCAAGAAAAUCGAUGGGAUCCUAAACAGAAUGAACAGGUUGUGCCUGAAACGAAAGAAGUAUCAUGCAGAUUAUAUGAUGAUGCAAUGUAUAAAUUAGAACAUGGUAUAGAAGACAAAAAAGUAGCUAAAUCGCGAGAUUCGGCACUGGAAAAUGCAAUAGCUUUGAAUGAAAGUAUUUGGAAAGAUGAUUACAGUUCAAAUUGUGCAGUGAGAGCUUUAUUUCGGGAAAAGAAAAAAGAACUCAAAAAGAAGCAAAGUGAAGAUCAUGCUUUAUUAAAAAAGGUUGGGCUAGAUAUUGACAUAGUAAAUGAACAUGAAGAUGAUAUCAAACUAGCCAAAUUACUCACCCAUAAAAAAGAUGUAAGAAAAAAAGGAGACACUACAUUAAAACGAUUAGUUUCUAUUGUACGAUCUAAAAAUAAGAAAAAGAUAUUAUUUUCAAAUGGUCAAUUAAAAUUACAAAAUCAAGAAUCGCCAAAAGUACAAGAAGUAACAGGUAAUGCUACUACUUCAAAACUCAAUGAUUCAAACGCAUCUUUAGUAAAUUAUGAUACUUCUAGUAGCGACAGUGAUACUUAGUACUUUAAUAUUUUAUUUGCCAUCAAGAGCACAAUAUAUAUAUAUAUAUAUAUAUGACAGUAUGUAUUAACAUAUCUAUUAUGUUUGUUAAUAAAAUAUUAUGAAAACAGA